AGUGGGGGAGUGCUUCAAAAUAUGUGUGUGUGGUAAUGUAAAAACAAUUGCUUGUUAAAUCAAUGUUGCAGCUACUGUAUGAAAUAUCUUUUUUCGUUUUAAAACGAGCUAAUUUCAAACUUUAAUGUAUAUCUUAUCGUGACCCCGAUCCAGUGAUCCAGUGAGCUCCACUCACCAUCUAAUGCCGCUACCAAAUAGUGCCCCUGACACUAAAUGUAAAAGGUCUGUAGAAUCUAGUUUCACAGAGCAUCUAUCUUCACCAAGACGUAUAACGUCAUCUUCGUCGUUACCUGACAUUUCUAUAUUAUCAUCUGAAAUGGCUACAACUGAAAACAAGAGUAAUAACCAAAACCCCUCCUCUACACUAUGGACCCCGGCUACUAAAGGUCUAAGUUCCUUAUCUCCAGACCCACAAAAGAAUCUCGAUUCCUCAAAAUCUGAGCAUAAACCCAUGGGGGAGUUACAAACCUCCAUGAUAAAUGAACUGAUCGUAAAAACCAUUAACAGUCAAGCUUUCAUAGGGGCGUUUGCUCCUCUCAUUGCUUCGACAAUUACCCCCCACAUUCAGGUCAUAGUUCAGAGUUGCAUUCAACCAAUUUUAAGUUCGAUUCAAGAACAACAAAAAAACAUAGAAGAUCAAAACGAACAAAUACAAUCACUAAAACAAAUCAACUCUGAUCUCCAACAAAGGAUGGAGGACCUUGAAUGCGGUCUGGAUAAUCUGGAGCAGUACGGACGCAGAACGUCAUUACGUUUCCACAACGUACCCAUACCAGCUGCUCCAGGGUCAGAGGACGAGGAGGAGGUGGCCCCAGAUACUGCGGAAGCGUAUUAG